UAGACGUCACAUUUGGACGUUCAUUGUGGAAUGUGACGUCAUCAGAGGUGGAACAGGGACGUCACAUUUUACAUCACGGCAUCGAGACGCACCAUUCAACUUAUGUUAAACAUUACAAUGUCACCGUGCAGCUUUAUAGUGACAGGGGUUUUCAUAACCCCAUUAUUCCAGAGGGCAGUAACAUACAUGUUGGGGAUGACGUGUAUGUGAAGGUGUCUACAAAUAUUCCCGAUUGGAAUACAAAGAUGCGACUUCAUACGUGCUUCACAAAACCAAACGCCAAUGCAACAAACGAUAAAGAUAUCAUAUUAAUAAGCAAUGGUUGCGAGGUCGACAGUAGUACACACAUUAUAUCCCAGUCAACGCAUGAAACAAGUUUUGUCUUCACGGACUUUGAGUAUCUAACAAAUGACGAAGGCUUAGACAUAAUCUGUAACGCAACAUUCUGUGAUGCAAGGGAUUACUCGGCCGAAUGUUCACAGUCAUGCUUUCGUGGUCCUGUAAUUAUCGGAUAAAUUGACCUGUAAUUAUCGGAUAAAUUGACCUGUUAAUAUCGGAUAAAACGUUUAAUCAUAAUGCAGAUUUUGUUGUUGAAUUCGUUGUAGUACUAUAAUUUCGGUUAAAGGGACUCCAAUGAGGGGUUUUGGCUAACAGUACUUGGCAUAUUUUUUUCUGUCCAAAAUUUCAUCACAUUCGGUCAUUCCGUUUUUCAAGAACAAUGAUUUUUAAAUUAAUUGUAAAAUAUAUUCAUAUAUAAGGCACGAGUCGCAACGCUUUUCACUCAACUCUAAGAAUGGCAAAAAGAGUAACACAAUUUUCAAUUAAAUUUUGUUGUAUAUUACUUGAUAACAUUUCUCAUAUCGUUCUGUUUUAAGUAUCCCAGGUGAUUUGUUUUUAGGCCUUUGGACCCCAGUGGAGUUCCUCUAAACAUUUCAUUUGAUAAUAAUUCAUAUUAAUUAAAUAUUUAAUCAUAAUCCAUAUUAGCUAUGUUAAGGCUUUUGUGGUUCUUUUAUUAUCUAAUAACUAUUUCAAAUAAAAUCAAUAUAAGCUUUGUUAAUGAGUUUGUGGUCAAACAAUUAUCUGAUUGAUAUAUUAAUUAUAACCCGUAUUAGCUUUAUUCAUGCUUCAUAGUCCAGCAAUUGUCUAUUAAGUAUACUAAUUAUAAUCAAUAUAAGCUUUGUUUAAGAUUUCAAAGGUCAACAGUUAUCUGAUAAAUAUAUAAAUAAGAAUCCAUUAAAAAAACUAUUUUAACGCGUUCAUGGUCAAGCAAUUAUCUAAUUAAUUUAUUAAUUAUAAACCAUAUAAGCUUUGUUUAUGUUUUCAUAGUCAAACAA